AUGGGCACAGCACGCUACCUCACAGCACAAAAGAUCAGCCUUCUGGUUCUGCUUCGGCUUUACUGCAGUUCGACGCUUCCUUCAUCAGCGACAAUACCCAUACUUUCCUUUGUCCUCUCAACUACAAUACCUCUGACUUCUUCGAGCGCCCGAAGCCAGCAGUCUUCUGCUUCUCAAAAUCCUUCCUUCUCUAUCGACAGUUUCGAAGAUGUUCUCCAGGGUCAUGCCUCCAAUAUGCCUGGUCGCACGCUGCUGGACCUGUUUCUCAAAAACAUGUGGGAGAUGAACUCCUUCGAUGCAUUGCACUCCCUCUUCGACAAUCUCGGCGAGCUUCUGAUGACUCCUCCUUCGAGUCAGGAAGGAGAUGUCCAAGAGCGCAUAUACCUUUCCAAAACUUCUCCCUUGGGUGUCUUCGUGCGACGAGCGCGGCUCGAGUUCGACAGGUUGCAGUUCGAAGAUACAAUCGCCCUCUGGACGUCCUUCGUCAAGUACCGGGCACCAACAGCGCAAUGGACUAAGCGGCUUGCUGGACUCGCCGCAGCAGGCAUAGAUGCCGUUAUCGGUGAGAUGGGUAUGCAAGAAGGUGACGACGUGUACGAUAUAGCGUAUGGGGACCUCAACGAGCCACAGAAUGGGACGCAAGGCGUAAGUCUCGAUGAUUUGGAUCGGAUACUAGAGUUUCAACUCGAUCGCCUACAACGCUUCGGCGAUCGUGUGCCCGAAACCAUGAAGACGCAGCUUCGUGGUAUGCUUGCAUCUUCAACUACAGUUCAUCGACAAGCACAUCUCGUUCAAUUUUUCGAUGCCUGGAAAGCCGGAGACUAUACAUCUGCAUUCGACAACUUGCACCGCUACUACGACUAUGCCAUGCAGACACGCGAGAAGAUCCACUACCAAUACGCGCUGCUUCACAUGGCGAUUUUGCAGGCUGACUUUGGUUGCUUUGGUGAAGCCAUUGCAGCCAUCAACGAAACGAUCGCAACGGCACGAGAGAGUCAGGACAUGACGUGCUUGAGCUUCAGCCUAAGCUGGCUGAGUCACAUGAACAAAGCAUAUCCGAAGCAAAUGAAGGGUGCUGGAUACAUGAGCAUGCUGGGCAGCGAGAGGGAUGCUCUUACGUUCUUGAAAGCCAAAGCUCGAGAGGCAAAGAUGUACAACUUGCUUAGCGCGACGUUGCUCAACGAGGCAAAACUGACUCUUGCGAUGGGCGAAUCAAUUCCUCGGGCCUUCGAGCACAUUUAUCAGUCAUCACAUCUCAACAUCAAAGAGCACGUCAACAGCUAUGGCGUUCAGAUGCUGCUACAAUCUACACUGUACUCGAGACUUGGCAUACCACAUCUGGCGAAUGUGCACUGUGACUUGCUCCUUGACUGCUACGGAGCCAGCUGCCCAGUUGACGAGCAGCUUCGGGCGGUUGGAAGGCAGGCCUUCAUUAUGAGUCAAAGCGGACGUUACGAGGAAGCCAUUGAAGCAUUCGAGUCCAUCGACAUGACCGCUAGCAAGUCCUUGAAGUUCAACCAAUACCUCAUCCUCUGCAUCGGCAUCACUAAGCUGAAACGCGCCAUUCGGAGAUCUGACUGGCCAACCUGUUCCCACCUACUCGCAACCCUCAAACCCUCUACGGACCCACAUUCAGACACCCUUGAUCCUGAACUUCACUUCCUCCUUUGCGAAGCAUACAUUGACUAUCUGGUGUCAAAGGGUGACUACUCGGUAGCAUUCACGACGAUCUCAAACCUUGCGCAGUCACUCAAGGAGGACAACGCAGACAUCUUGCAGCGUGUCUCGGUACUGCUCAUGAAAGCUGAACUCUUUCGCAAAGUGGGAAAGCCAGAGCGCGGGUUCAGCGUCGCUCUUCGAGCGGCAAGCGUAGCCUACAGAGCGAAGUUGAUGCCCAGUCUGUGGUCUGCCGUGGGCUUACUCGCCAACAUCCUCAACGGACUAGGUGAGUGUGCGAGUGCAAGGCGUCUGCUGGAGGCUGUGCUGCCGCAGUCGCUUGAAAACGGAGACAGCAUGCUUUCCGGUACGCUGUAUUCGCAUCUCGGAGACGCAUUCAUGGGCCUCGCGGAUCCGGCAAAGACGGCCGAGCCUCGACUGCAGAAUGGAUACAGGGCAAAGGCUGAGCUGUACAUUGACAGAGCCAGAGAAUGCUUCAAAAGAAGCUCCUACCUGGACGGUGAAUGCGAACAGCUUAUGAAGAAGGCAAUCAUUGCGAAGCUAAGGGGCGACGAGAAGCUGGCCGAAGAGUGGAGUCAAAACCACAACCGGGUGUGGGAAGAAGGCAUGCGCAGGAAUGAGCAGAUGUGA